GUAUUUCCGAGUCAUAGUGAGGGUUUGCUUGGGCCUCGUUGUACGUGUGUUAAUACGUGUUUGUGCGGGCAUGCGUAGUAGCUUGAGUAAAGGCCUCACAAUCACAAUCAACCGUAGUUCUUCGUAUUACAUGCACGUAAAAUAUGUUUGUAGAGAUUUCAUUAUUAUUAUGAUAAAAUUCUUUAAAGAUGCCGAAAACUAAUGCAGAAUAUUGUCGCGAUUAUCGAAGAAGAAGAAGAAAAAACAAGAUUAAAUUAAAGACAGCAAAAAGUUCAACGGAACGUGUUCGUGAAUUUCGUGCACGCCGGAACGCGUUGUUGAACGUGAGAAAUGAUAUUUCUAUUUCGCAUAAUAAUGAUUUGUCAGUUAAAAAUAGUGAAAGUGAUCAUAAUGAUAUUCCCAUGAAUAUUUCAAAUGUCCAAAGUGAUGCAUUAAUUGAAAAUGAUAUCGUGAAUAAUGAUUGUGAUGCAGAUUGGAAUAAUUCUGAGUCCUGUAAAGAUAAAGAUGAAGAAUCAAUACUACCAAUCUCCAUCAUGUCACCUUUAAUAAUUAAAACUUCGCCAAAGUCAUCUCCUCCCGACUCUCCUCAACCAUACCUUCAACAGAAAGGAAAAAUGGAUGACAGAGAUCUCGAUGAUGAAGAAACCCCAGAGAGACAUAGGAUGUAUAUUGAGUUAGAGAAAGAGAAGUUGUAUGUAGAGUUGGAAAAAGAAAGAAUUCGUCAGAGGGAUGUUGAGCUUCGACAACGUGAUACUGCAUUACAAUUGCAAGCUCAGUGGUUGGAGUUAGCAAAAUCGGGAUUGAAUAUUUUAGAUAAAUAUUUGAAUGACAAGAAAUAAAUGUUAGACCAUAAAAAUUUAAAAACAAAUUUAAAAAUAAAAUGUCUGGGGUAUGAUAUUAAUAAGCCGUGCCGCACUUCUAUGAUAAACUGUGAUUAACAACUCGCCACCACCUUCGAAAGGGCCAACAGCUUUGUUUAGAGAUGUCUUCCGCUCCUUGAAGAGGUUUUUGGUUCUUCUGCAUAGAUGUAUGAAGAAAAUAUUAGAUUAGACCUAUCUUGUUUUAAAUACAUGGAGUUAAUUUACAAUCCUAAAAUAAACUGGUUUAAAAGAUAAAAUUGUUUGGAAAACAUACCUCGUAAUUUCACUUGUAUUUACGUAUGAAUCAUAUGAGAUAUAUUAUAUUAAAAUGUUAAUCUGACGCUUAAUCAGACCUCAUUAUUUACGAAUUUUCCCUAACUAAACGUUGUAUACGUUAAAAACCUUUAAUUUACAAUACGUUUAGUAAGUGUACUCAUCUAUUAGUGUGAUAUAAAGUAUCGAUAUAGAUUACAAUCUACUUGUAAUCUAUACCUUCGCAACGGACCAAUAUUUUUUUCUUUUUUGGUUUAUUUUAAUGUUAUUAUAUAUUAUAUGGCAGCUAUAAUUUUACAUUAGUAUUUGAUGUAGGUUAAGUUUACGUGGUGUUGACACUUUCGUUUUUUUUGACAUACCAUUUGACAUCAAUUGCUAAAGUUUGCCUUCAGUCGUUUUUUUUCUC